AUGGACAGGAAAGACGAAAAGAUGGAGAAGCAUCCUGAAGGAGCGGCGGGUUACGCUGCCUUACACGACGGCGACGUGCAGCUGCCAAUUGCUUGGCGCCGAAGCUUCCGUCACAGGCGAGGUGGAAAUGGCUUUCGCCGGUCGAGAGCGCUGCGUGGCUUGGUCCUUGGGUUUCUGGCAUUUAUUGUCUAUGCUCAAUGGAGGCAGAUUCAACCCGUGGACGAACAUGAAUCUCCCGCAACUACCAAGACGCCGACAUUGAACAUCACCCAGCUUCGCAACAACGCCGAAACAUGCGCCAAGCUCCGCCAGAAGCCUACUGACCCUCCCGGUCCAGGUAGGGAGAAGAAUGCACGCUACAUCGAGGGCGGCAGACCGACUCUUAUCAAGAAUGCUACUGUCUGGAUUGGAGAGCCGACUGAGGGCACACUGCCUGACGAUGCCCGGCGCGGUGUGGGGUUUGAGUGGAUCAGAAAUGUCGAUGUUUUCCUCAGGAACGGGUUGAUUUCUGAGGUUGGACCGUCCGGAAGCAUCAGUUCCACCCAAGACACUAUCACAUAUGAUGCCCGUGGCCGACCGCUGACGGCAGGCAUCAUCGACAUGCAUAGCCAUGCGGGCAUAGACCCCCUCCCAGGCCUCCGUGGAAACGACGACACCAACGAGAUGUCAUCCGACAUUACGCCCUACGUGCGCUCCAUUGACGGCAUCAAGCCCCUGGACCCCCAGAUCCGCGUCAUCAAGUCUGGCGGCGUGACAACCUCGCUCGUCCUGCCGGGCUCGGCCAACAACAUAGGCGGCGAGGCGUACGUCAUCAAGCAUGCAGUCGGUCAUCAGGACGGCCGUCCAGAGAUCAGCGCUGUGGAUAUGCUUGCCGACCCCGACCGCAACUGGCGCUACAUGAAGAUGGCAUGUGGUGAGAACGCCAAGAACGUUUACGGCAAUCCCGGUGAGAAGGGGCCGACGAGCAGGCUGGGCGAGUCGUGGGAGUUUAGGCAUGCAUUUGAGCAGGCCGCCGAGCUGGUGCGGGCACAGGAUGACUGGUGUAAUGCUGCGGAUGCCCUUGGGGUAGAAAACAUGCAGACGUAUCUGCCACAGGAGCUGCGCUGGGAGGCUCUAGGUGCGGUCCUGCGGGGACAGGUUCAUGUUAACACUCACUGCUACACGAUCCCAGAUCUGGAGGCCAUGGUUGACCAUACCAACGAGUUCAAGUUCCCGGUUAGGGCAUUCCACCAUGCCCAUCAAACUUUUCUUGUGCCAGAGAUUCUGAAAAGAGUUUACGGUGGAGUUUAUCCGGCUUCCGCGCUCUUUGCCGACAACAUGUGGUAUAAGGACGAGGCCAAUACCGCUUCUGAGUUUGCAGGCAAGAUCCUCUUCGAAGCUGGUCUCGAUUCUGUCUACGUCAGCGACAACCCCGUCAUAAACGCUCAACAUGUCGUCUUCGAGGCCGCCAAGGCUUAUGGAUAUGGUCUGCCUUACCAUGCCGCUCUUGCGUCCGUCACGUCGACGCCAGCGAAAUAUCUUGGACUGGGCAACAGGCUGGGCAAGAUCAAGGCUGGCUUCGAUGCUGAUGUCGUAGUAUGGGACAGCGAUCCGCUCAGUGUGGGUGCCGCACCGGCACAGGUCUGGAUCGAUGGGACGGCGCAGUUUGAGGAUCCCGUAGAACUGCACAAGCCUGUCAGAGAGCUGAUCAAGCCAGAUUUGAACCUAGCCCAUGUGCCUGGAAAAGACCACCAGGUCGACAGUGUCGUCUUCAUGGGAAUAACCAAUCUCAUUCUCUCGGGCGUCGACGCCGAGACCCACACUGGUCAGAUCAACAUGGCAGUCACGGACGGCAAGGUGGCCUGCGUCGGCUCGUGUGCUGCGCAUCUUUCGUCGCCUGGCGUCAAAACCAUCAAACUGCGAAACGGCCAUGUCACAGAUCCUUUCAUUGCCGUUGGAUCUUCGAUUGGUCUCAACGCCAUCGAUGCCGAGUCUUCCACAGACAACGGAAGAAACCCAGUCGGCACCUUCACGCGUGCUGUAGAUGGCCUGGCGCUGGAUAACCAAAAGGUCCACGCUGCAAGUAGAUACGGUGUCACACGCGCAGUUUCCGCACCCAAGCUCUCUGGCCAGUUUACGCAUCAUGGAGUUAGUGCUGGCUUCAGAACUGGCGCCAAGCACUCUUUAGAGAAAGGGGCUGUCUGGUCAGGUGAUGUUGCAGUGCAUUACACGCUCUCUGAGCACGGAAAAUCCGACAAAACGCCUUCAAUCUCGAGUGCGGUGGGCUCGCUCCGGUCCGCGCUACUAGACGCCGUUGUUGCGGUGGGUGGGACAGGACACAAGGGCGCCGCCGGCAUAGACAAGUUCACCGAAAAGGCUUACCUCAAAAAGGUUGUAACCGGCGAAAUGCCCCUGGUGUUAACCGUACACAGCGCCGACACCAUCGCUGCAAUUCUCCGGGUGAAAAAUGAGGUGGAAAAGGCCGCAGCUACAUCUCUCGACAAGGCCCUCGUCGAUAAGGGACAGUCGAGAAUCAGGCUGAUCAUACUUGGCGGAGCCGAGUCGCAUCUUAUAGCCUCGGAGCUCGCCGAAGCCAGGGUUGCAGGUGUCAUCCUCGCCCCGUUGCAGAGCUACUGUACGGUCUGGGAGCAGCGUCGCUGUCUAACCGGCGCCCCGCUCACAAAUGGCACGGCUCUUGACAUCUUGCAUGCUGCUGGAGUGCCCGUGGGAAUCGGUCUGGAAGAGGACUGGUUGGUGCGGGACCUGGGGUUACUUGCAGGGAUUGCGGGGCGGAACAGCGGCGGUAAGAUUGGACGGAAGGAGGCUUUGGGGUUCAUUGGUGCAGGAAUAGAGAGGAUGCUGGGUGUUAAGAGACAGGAGGACCAGGGUGGGUUCGUGGUAUGGGAGGGGGAUCCUUUGGAGGUGGGUGCACGUGUGAAGGGCGUUAGUGAUGGAGUUGGCCCGGUUACUGUCUUUGAGUAG